CGCGAGGGUGUCGUGUGCAUUUCAGUCACUAGGGGGCGCUGUAGCCGCAGCAGCGAACAACUACAAUGACAACUGGCGAGGCCUCUGCCUGUACGCUAGGUGUCUUGGUUAGAAUUUUGGAUAUUGUGUGGGGUAACUACUUGCUAUAGGUUACAAGCCAUCAGUUAUCAGUUACAAACUUGCUUUCAGGAUAGAAAUGCCAUUUCAGGAGCGGUAUGAUAAACCGAAAACACGCGUCACUUGUAUCUACAACUCACAGGAUAGGACUUGAGGCAGAUUUGGAAAAGGACAAAACAUUUACGAAAACGAAAAGCAAAUGGGGUCAAUCCCUGAUAGAAGACGCUUGCCCAAAUGGGUCACAAUCUAUGUACCGGAUGGCUUUAUUCAAAUCUUUUCGAACAAGGUAAAAUAUUUCAAAACUGCUCUCAUUUAAGACGCCUCUUCUUUAAUGAUUUACAGCGCUUUCGUCCCCCUUUUUCAUCCACGAUUUCACGAAUUCAGUUUACCGCCCAGCUAAGUGACAAAGAUAGCCAGAGGGGAUUUGUUACAAAGCCCGAGAAUGGAAUGCUAGUACCAGCAGCUACACAAACCAUGCCAGCUCACUGAGACACUGGUCAGACCGGUUCAUCAAUUCCAGCUCCGCCCACCAACAUACGCACAUAUAUGGUAAUAAUAUUUCCAAGGCAACGACAAAUCAGAUAGCAGCUCACAAAUGAUAGACAGCAUGAGACUCCCACCUGGCUGGUUACGUGGCAGGCGCAAGGGAAAAUUGACAGUGAUUACAGGUGAUCCCACGAUGCCCACCUGUCUUUCUUAUGCAAAUGGAGGGACAUGAUAAAACGUCAUCGCAACCCGUCCAGCUUCUUUUGCUUCGUUCACAACAAGACGGAAAGAAGCAAUCUUGCUUUUCGCACCUGGCUGGAACAUUCUUAAGGGACAUCAUGCUGCGGAUCGAAGGUUUGAUAGCCGCUGUCUUCACACCAGUGAAGGAGAAUGGUGACCUUAACCUAGACAUCAUAGAUCAGUACGUCAACCACCUGGUGUCCCAGGGUGUGCUGAACGUGUUUAUCUGUGGCAGUACUGGCGAAGGUGCAAGCUUCUCAUUGGCUGAGAGGAAACAACUGACGGAGAAGUGGGUGUCUGCUGGAAGUGGGAAGUUGCAGAACGUGAUCGUCCAUGUGGGCGGUAUCAGCAUCCCGGACUCCCAGGAUCUUGCCACACACGCGGAGAGUGUUGGGGUACAGGGGAUCAGCACCCUGCCCACCGUGGUCUUCAAACCAAAAAAUGCCUCCAAGGUGGCCGAACACCUCAAGAUGCUGUAUGAUGCUGCCCCCAAGACCCCCCUGCUCUACUACCACCUGCCUGGUUACACAGGUGUAGACAUACUGAUAGAGGACUUAGUCAAUGCUGUGGAGAAGCUUGGAGUGCCAACAUUCAGCGGAGUCAAGUUCACUGGGGCCAACCUGAAGGACUUGCGCCGUAGCAUCAGGCUGUUUGGUGACAAGUACAUGUUCCCGUAUGGCUGUGACGAGCAGAUGCUCUGUGUUCUCCCUCUGGGCUGCAGGAGCUUCAUUGGGAGCACCUACAACUACGCCGGACGUUUGUACAACAAACUGAUCGAAGUGUACAAAAAUGGAGACAUGGAAAUGGCACUCAAGCUUCUCGACAAAUCCCAGUCUCUUGUCGGAGUCCUGUUUGCUCACAGCUUCGACGCCGGGAUCAACAAACAGGUCAUGAGCCUGGUAUCGGAAAUCGACAUGGGUCCUCCCCGCCACCCCAUCGUCUAUCGCUCUGAAGGCGAGAUGAAAAAGGUACGCCAGGAGCUGGAAGAAGCAGGAUUCUUCAAUGGUAUUUAUUAGUAAACUGUCCUGCACACUUAAACUACAUGUCAAGUUAUUAAAUUCUGAGACUGACUUCCAUGUCCGUGUGGACAGUAUAUGAGACAUUUGCAAUGAAACAACUCACAUCCUGGUAACAUGCAACUGUUGUAAUACACCUGACAUUUUCUGUAUACCACAUCCAAUCAGCCUGCAUUAAAUGAAAAGGAAUUAAGAGGAAUAAAUACAUUAAAACUGCACUACACAGUCACACUACCACAAAAGAGGACUAAAAAUUAGAUAGACAAUGUUGGACCAACAGUUAGAAAGGUCAUUCCUGUCUGCAGGAUUUGGAUGGUUGGUAGUCAGGUGGUUUAAGUUGUAUCACCACAAUGGUUUAACUAUUAACUUCAUCAUGACUGUUUAAGUCAACUUAUAUCUGCUCAUUAUAUCAUCUGGACAGUAGCCCCAUCAAUGUUGAUAUUUCCUAGCAUAAGUGCAUGUAGCAUUAAGUCAGUUGGGCUGAUAGCCAGUGUAUGUCUGAUAUCAGAAUAGAACAUACCAUAGCAAACUAAGGAUACUACAAGUGAAUAGUCCUUGAGCAAACACAGAAGUAACGGUAACUUAAGUAAUGUUAUGUGCAAUCAAGGAAAGGGAGAGUGGUCAUCCUUUACUACGGAGAGGCAUUAUGCUUUCAAAGAACAAGUAUGUGAAAUGAUAUCGUAAGUGUUCUCAACUUCUCAACAUGAUAUUAAGAGUGCCAACUUGUCUGAUGAAAGAGUAUGCUUCAAUCUUAUAAGACAUUUUCUUCCAUUAUAAAAGGUGUCAUCCAAGAUGUCAAAAUCUGCAA